UUAAUCUCUAUGCAGGAAGGUGCACCUACAAUUCAGAGGGUGGCGGUAAAGCGCACCAAAAGUUGUACGUCACCGUGAAUAAACCGACGAAGAAGAAUCCAGAGCGACAUGCAAGAUCACUAACAAUCUCCCAUAAUGAGCGCUCAACUGAAAGAUGUCAUCAUCAAGCCAGAUGCUCCCAGCUUUCUGCUGCUGGAUAAACAUGCUGAUUACAUCGCUGCUUAUGGCUCCAAGAAGGAUGACUAUGAGUACACGCUGUCCGAGUACCUGAGGAUGAGCGGCAUCUACUGGGGUCUGACGGUAAUGGACCUGAUGGGCCAGCUGCAGCGGAUGAACCGGCAGGAGAUCAUAGACUUCAUAAAAGCCUGCCAGCAUGAGUGCGGAGGCAUCAGCGCCAGCAUCGGACACGACCCUCACCUGCUCUACACCCUCAGUGCUGUCCAGAUCUUGUGCCUAUAUGACAGCUUAGAUGCAAUCGAUGUGGAGAAAGUGGUGGAUUACGUUAAAGGACUCCAGCAGGAAGACGGUUCAUUCGCUGGAGACAAAUGGGGAGAAAUUGAUACUCGGUUUUCUUUCUGUGCUGUUGCCACGCUGGCUUUGCUGGGGAAGAUGGACACCAUAAACGUUGACAAAGCUGUGGAGUUCGUCUUGUCUUGUAUGAAUUUCGACGGAGGUUUUGGCUGCAGACCUGGUUCAGAGUCUCACGCCGGUCAGAUUUACUGCUGCACUGGUUUCCUGUCGCUCACCGGCCAGCUCCACCAGCUCAACGCAGACCUGCUGGGAUGGUGGCUCUGUGAGAGACAGCUGCCGUCUGGAGGCCUCAAUGGAAGACCAGAGAAGCUUCCAGAUGUUUGCUACUCCUGGUGGGUCCUGGCAUCUCUGAAGAUCAUCGGCAGGAUUCACUGGAUUGACAAAGCCAAGCUGCGGCGGUUCAUCCUGGCCUGUCAGGACGAGGAGACGGGAGGAUUUGCUGACAGACCGGGAGACAUGGUGGAUCCUUUCCACACUCUGUUUGGAGUUGCAGGCCUCUCUCUUCUCGGUGACGAGCAGAUCAAAGCGGUGAAUCCCGUGCUGUGUAUGCCAGAGGAAGUCCUGCAGAGGAUUGGUCUGCAACCCGACCUCCUCAGCUAGCACUUCCACUCAUCAAAUAACAAAGUCCAACACUGCUCCCCCCCAACUAAGGCCCCUCGGCCUGAGUUAACCACUACAGCCGAACACUGGAUGUAGAUAGUGGACCACCGCACCCUAUGAAGCACCCAUCAGUUUUAUUUUUUUGUUUUUUUUUUGCUAUCCUGAUUGUGUUUAACAACCUGCUUCUUAAAAUCAUCAUUAUGAGGGUUUUUUAAAAGUAACUUCUUUAAAGUUUGGACCUCAGAAGCUACAUUCCUUCAUUCAUUACCUUACUUUUUUACUUAUCUUUAGGAGAAACCUCUAUAACUUUUUCACGUUUCUCCCAUUACUAUAAACCUUUCUGUAUUUUAUUGGGAUUUAAAUGAUAGACCCACACAAAGUGCUCGUUUAGAAGAGUAUAGCUGAAAAGGAGAACUUUAUAUAGUUUGGCAAAAUAAUAAGAGCAUACUUGUUGAUCCUUUCAACAGCUUGGGUUUUAUUAGGUGGGGGGCAAAUUUAAAUUUCAGAAUACAUACCUUCUACAGAGCACAGUCAUUAGUUGUUCAGAUAUGUAACAUUAUGUACUGUUGUGUUAGUCUAUAAGAUAUAUCCUAAUAAAACCCAUAGAAGGUUGGUCUGUAAUGUGAAAACAUGAAGUUUUACUGAAGGUUUCCUGCCCUCUUUAGCUGCAGGUUGAACACAAACUGAAAAGAUAUUGAAACGGAACCUUUGAGAUUUUCACCAUGAAAAAACAGAAUUUCAUAGCAGAAAAAGGGAAGAAAUUUCCUUCCACUGUAUGCAGUAAUGAAAAGGCGUUCAGAUAUGAAACAAAGAGCAUGUGUGUCGCACUCAAGCAAUCCCAGCCUGCUGUGGUAAUGCUGCACACAGCUGGAGUGGAGCCACAGGAGUCGCUGGAAGCGCUGCUUAAUGCGUCUCAUUACUACAACCAGAGAGAAGCUGUUUAAAUGGGGGUUCUCGUAACUGUAAAUGUUACGGUAUGAUUUAUAUUCCAGCUACACUAUUUAUUCAAAUCUGUCACUCUGCAGGCAGCUGCAUUUGUUCAGCCUCCCAGGAGCUUAUUUGUACUUGAGUUCUGAACCGAUUCCACCAAAUCUUUCUCUGAUUGGCUCCGCAUUUGAUUUAGUAAAUCUCUACGUCUCUCAUCUGAAAAUAUUUGUUGUCAAAUAGCUGGUGGGUGUGUAUUGUUACAGAGCUUAAUGGACAAGCAUCAGCGUUCUAAUGUUUGAGUCCAGUGGAGAAGACAAUUAAGGAAUAGUUUAUGUUUACAAAGAUUUAUCAAAAUAAAACGACAUGAUCAAAAACAGGUA